UUGACCAAUAUUAUUUCUCUAAAUCUCUUUAAAAUAGUCCAAAACUACAAUCUUCAAUAGCCUAACUCAUUUCAUUUGAACAAUUUUCACAAUGAGAGACCUUAUCAACUCUUCUCUUCGACAUCGAAAACUUACUAUUACAUUUUUGCUUCUUUUCGCAUCGAAUGUUGUUACUUCAAUUGAUCUCCAACCAAUUCCUAAGCAACAAAUUCGCGACAAGAUUGUCAAGCUUCCCGGGCAACCAUCAAAUGCAACGUUUGAUCAGUAUUCGGGAUAUGUCACAGUGGACCGAAAAGAAGGUCGAGCUUUGUUCUAUUGGUUAAUCGAGGCGAGCAGAAAACCCGAGUCGAAGCCACUUGUUUUGUGGCUCAAUGGCGGACCGGGUUGUUCUUCAAUUGCUUAUGGCGCCUCGGAGGAGAUUGGCCCUUUUCGAGCCACGCCAGAUGGAAACUUGACCUUGAGUCCCUAUUCUUGGAACAAAGAUGCAAAUUUGUUAUUUCUUGAUUCACCUGCUGGCGUUGGAUUUUCGUAUUCAAAUUCUUCAGCUGAUGAAAGAAUUGGUGACGACAGAACAGCCAAGGAUGCAUACAAAUUUCUUACAAGAUGGUUUGAAAGGUUCCCUCAAUUUAAGUAUAGAUCAUUCUAUAUUGCUGGUGAAAGUUAUGCAGGGCAUUACAUUCCUCAACUAUCCAAAGUCAUUGUGGAUCACAACAAAGGCAUAAAAAAUCCUACAAUCAACUUCAAAGGUUUCUUGUUAGGGAAUCCUUUAAUAGAUGAUUAUCACGACAACAUUGGAACGUUCGAGUUUUGGUGGAAUCACGGUCUCAUCUCAGAUCUCACCUACAAAAGAUUAAAUCAAUCCUGUCCGUUGGAUUCCUUUCUGUUCCCUCACGACCAUUGCUAUUCCGCUCUUUCUGAAGCUUACUCUCAGUUUGGAGAUAUUAAUCCGUACGAUAUAUAUGGCCCUGUUUGCCCAGACUUAGGAACUCUUCCAUUGCCAUGGACAUUUAGAGGGAAUGACCAAUGUGUCGUCAAGUACACAAAAAUUUAUAUGAACAGGCGAGAUGUCCAAAAUGCCCUUCAUGCCAACACUACAGGGAUUCCUCACCCUUGGCAAACUUGCAGUGAUACGGUAAGAGGGAGCUGGGCAGAUUCACCAAAAUCUAUGCUACCAAUAUUCCAACAGCUUAUAAAAGCAGGCAUCAGAAUAUGGGUGUUUAGUGGUGACACUGAUGCUGUAUUGCCACUGAGUGCAACUCGUUACUCACUCAAUGCCCUAAACCUUAAAGUCAACACUUCUUGGCAUGCUUGGUAUAUCAACCAAAAGGUUGGAGGGUGGAGCCAAGUAUAUGAAGGAUUAAGUUAUGUAACAGUAAGAGGAGCAGGUCAUGAAGUUCCACUCACAAGGCCUAAACUUGCAUCGACUCUUUUUAAACAUUUCUUGGCCAACAAAAUUAUGCCAAAUCAUCCUUAUUAAUAACCCUUCUCAUUAAGUUUCAAUUUAUUAUUAUUCUUAUUAUUAUUAUUAUUAUUAUUAUUAUUAUUAUUAUGACGUGUAAACUAUAGCUGCUACCUGAAAGUGCGCACUAAGUAAAUCCUCGUCACAAGUCAAACCCCUACACCACCAGACCAUCCUUUAUGGGACCAAUUUAUUAUUAUUAUUAUUAUUAUUAUUAUUAUUAUUAUUAUUAUUAUUAUUUAUUGUCGAAGAUUGCCACGUGGUAUAUCCAUGUUAGAGGCUAUAUUAGCAU